ACCCAAACUUAAUAACUAAACAUAAACAUAAACCCUGAAGUCUUAACCGUCAAACAGCUCAUCGAAGAACUGUGGACCAGACAAGAUGACCUCUGUAGGUCUAAGAUCAGUACAGGAACACACCCACCGCAGAAAGACAAGAGGAUGUGGCGAAGAAGUAGAAGAAGAAGAAGAGAGGAUGAAGCUCUCCGCCCUGAACAAAGUUAAAGAGAGAGAAAAGAGAAGAGGAAUCAGAAGUGAUUAAAAGAGGAAGUUUGAAGUGUUUUUAAAAGAACAAGAAAAAGCUUCAAAUAACUCGGACAAGAAACAGAAGUGAAGAGGAGAGGACGAAGAGAAGAGUAAGAAGAGGAGGAGAGGAAGAGAACAGAACAGGAGAACAGAAGUGAAGAGGAACAGAAGAGACCAGGAGAGGAGGAGGAGACGAAAGAAGAGAAGGAGAGCAAGAGGAGAGAAGGCAGAGAGAAGGAGAAGGAGAAGGGAAAUAAGAAGAUAGAGGAAGUGAAGAGGAGAGGACGAAGAGAAGAGAAAGAAGAGGAGGAGAGGAAGAGAACAGAACAAGAGAACAGAAGUGAAGAGUAACAGAAGUGAAGAGGAGAGGAGGAGGAGAAAAGAAAGAGGUGAAGUUACAGAGUGGUGAUGGACGAGGACAUCAGGAAACAAGGGAUUCUUUACCUCCAGCAGCAGAGGUUUGGAAAGAAGUGGAAGCGUGUGUGGAGCGCCCUCUACAGGGACAGUCCGUGUUCCAUCUCCAGACUCGAGUUCUUUGACUGUAAAGAUGGAGGAGUCGAGAAAAGUCUGCGCAAACAACAGGAACACAAGAAGGUGAUUCGUCUCUCAGACUGUGUCCGGGUCUCGGGGGUGGAGGUGGACGGGUGUCCCAGGGACACUGGACCGUUCCUGGUGGAGACAACAGAAAAGAUUUACGUGUUUGCGGCAGAGAGAAACCAGGUGGAGGACUGGACACACAAACUGUGUGAGAUAGCCUUCCCUAUGAGCUGGUCAGAGCACAGCGUGAAGCGAGGCAGCAUGCAGAGAGGAAGCAGGGUGGAGGAGGACGAGGGGAUGGAGGACAACUCUCUGUACAGUGGAAGACAAACAGUGCGUGACUUCAGAGUGUGUGUGCGGAGGACCGAGGCCUCGGAUCACUGCCGACUGAAGGGAGACGUCGUCCUGCGAGUGGACAUGGACGCUCUUCACCUGCUCAACAAGACGGGAGACGUGACGUUUACAUGGCCGUACAGAUUCCUGAGACGCUUUGGACGAGACAAGUCGACCUUCUCCUUUGAAGCUGGGCGGAGGUGUGCAUCCGGAGAGGGCGGUUUCGAGUUUGACACCAAACAGGGCAACUUCCUGUUUCAGCUGGUCGAAUCGGCUAUCCAACUGCGAAGGACAGCCCCCCCCGACGGACAGACCUCUGUGGGGGGGCAGCCGAGUCCAGAGACCCCCCACAACCUCAACUUGCCCCCCCCACCCCAGAGCAGGACGCUGCUGCUGCCACCUCAACCCCGCUGUCACAUCCCACAACCCCCUGCUGCUCAGGCGGAGGACGCUGUGUACAGCACCGUGACAGAGCAUCAUCUCAUGACUCAUCACAAAGAGCGCCCCCAGCUGAGUCGUCUGGAGCCUCCUGUCGACAAAGUCCUGACCGGCGUGAAGAGUUUGUCUCUAGAGACUCGCGGUCUCUCCGUCCCCCGAAAGACCCAGGUGAAGAUGAUCUCCAGCUGCCCUCUGCCCCACGCCGAGCCGGGCCCCACCCUGAUCCCAGGGUCCACCCCCUCCCGCGACGCCAGUCAGAGCCCUAAACUGAGCUCCAAUCCAAAACCGGAACAGACCUACGCCCGAAUCACACAGCCCGCCCCCAGAGAGCGAGGCUCCAAGAGGGAGAGAAGGGAGGGAGGAGCCAGCAUGGCUCCGCCCUGUCACCUCCCUCAAAUCAACCCGGACCCAGAGUACUCCCUCCCCUUCGACACCAUCGCCAAGAACAUCAUGGUGGACAUCCUGAGCUCCCAUCAGGCUCUGGAGUCCGGCGCCGACCCGCUUUAUGACAGCAUCGACGAGAUCAAGAUCAGGAACAUCUUCCAUAGCAAAGACGACGCCCCCGAACCAACGCACAGGAAGCUGGAUCACAUCUACGACGAGCCUGAGGGCUGCGCCGCUGCCACCAGGGGGCAGAACUCCACUGUCCCUACCGUGGUGUACGAUGACCCCGAGGAGAUGAGAGGAGAUGCCUGGAGGAACAUGGGAACAGCUGACGACCCCAAAGGUCACGAGUACCCGUACGACCCCCGGGUCGAUGACUACGCCGUGCCCAAACGACCCAAGAGGGCAUGGACAGGGCAGGACACCACCAAAGAAGAAGAAGACGAGGAGGACGUGAGCACGAGGAGGAGGAGCAGCGAGACUCUCAGUACACCAACAUCAUGGUGAGGAUGUAGAGACUGGUUGGACUGGUUUCCGUUUCAUGUUGCAGAUAUUAACGUUGAAUUAUUUCUGUCAAUGUAACGAGCAGUUUUCUCACCUCACUGCCCCCUAGCGGUGGAGAAGUGAUGCUGCAGCAGAGACUGAUUAACUAAUAACCAGAAUAACUACUUUAAUUCAUUAUUUGGAUCCACAGGCAGAGGUGGAAAGUAAUAGAGUACAAAUACUUUGUUACUGUUUAUUUUAAAAUGUAUUUUCCUGACGACUUUUUACUUUUCCUCUACAUCUGUACUUUCUCCUGUUCACAGCCUCACCAGCUCUGUGCAGGUUGAGGCAUCGUGUAUCAUUGAAGUUCAAAUGCUUUUUGUACUUUCUUACUUUUACUUGAGUAAAGGAGAUGAAUCAGUA